UGUGAUGAUAUCUAUCUGGCCUAGUAUAAGUGGACAUUUUGCUCAUCCGCAUAAAAACCCUAGUUCUUCACUGCCGUUUUGCGCCGCGAGAUAUUUAUCUUUCAUCUUCUCACGCAGGCAGCUGUUAGUGCCAGUUUCAAUCGGAGACUAUGAAGUUCAACGUCGCGAAUCCGACCACUGGAUGCCAGAAGAAGCUCGAGAUCGAUGACGACCAAAAGCUCCGUGCUUUUUACGACAAGAGGCUUUCUCAGGAAGUUAGCGGAGAUGCUUUGGGCGAGGAGUUUAAGGGGUACGUGUUCAAGAUCAUGGGAGGAUGCGACAAGCAAGGCUUCCCGAUGAAACAGGGAGUUCUCACCCCUGGUCGUGUCCGUCUCUUGCUUCACCGAGGCACUCCUUGCUUCAGAGGACACGGAAGGAGGACCGGAGAGAGGAGGAGAAAGUCUGUCCGCGGUUGCAUUGUCAGCCAAGACCUCUCUGUUCUUAACUUGGUUAUUGUCAAGAAGGGUGAGAAGGAUCUUCCCGGGCUUACCGAUACCGAGAAGCCGAGGAUGAGGGGACCUAAGAGAGCUUCUAAGAUCCGUAAACUGUUCAACCUUGGAAAGGAUGAUGAUGUCAGGAAGUAUGUAAACACUUACCGGCGCAAAUUCACUAACAAGAAAGGUAAGGAAGUGAGCAAAGCCCCCAAGAUCCAGAGGCUUGUGACUCCUUUGACUCUUCAGAGGAAGAGAGCUAGAAUUGCCGACAAGAAGAAGAGGAUUGCUAAGGCUAACGCUGAUGCGGCUGAGUACCAGAAGCUUCUCGCCUCCAGGCUUAAGGAGCAGCGUGAUCGCCGUAGUGAGAGUUUGGCCAAGAAGAGGUCUAGACUCUCUUCUGCUGCCGCUAAGCCCGUUGCUGCCUAAACCUCUUUGAAAGAUUGAGAUGUUUCUUUCUCUCAAGUUCGUUUCUGUUUUCGUAUUUAGAGGUUCCCCAGUUGCAUGAAAACGCCAUUUUGAACGUCUCUUUAUGGAAAUUUCAUUGUUUCAGUGUUAUGCUAUAUUCAUCUUUCUAAACGUGUUGAUUUAAAAAACUUCACAAGUUAAUUAUGUUAUAAUUAUCAUAUUUUACUA